AUGAUCCAUGCCCGGGUAGGCGCCGCUGGCCAGUGUGAUGAGAUCAGGUAUAUCACAAAACUUUCUCACUCUCAGAGUUUUUUUCUUCCUUUUUUCUCCUUUAAAAGGUACCAAGUCAUCAAACAAGUUGGAGAUGGAACGUAUGGCAGUGUGUGGAAGGCAAUUGAUCGAUGUACGAAUGAAUUUGUUGCAAUCAAGAAAAUGAAAACCAAGUUUCACGGAUGGGAAGAAUGCAUGAAUUUGCGGGAAGUGAAGUGUCUUCAACGCUUAGAUCAUCCCAAUAUUGUCCAGCUAAAGGAGGUGAUCUGGGAACAUGGAGAGCUGUUUCUUGUCUUCGAGUAUAUGGAAUGCAACUUGUAUCAAGUCAUGAAGGACCGAUCCAAGAUGCUUUCGGAAGAGCGAAUUAGGAUCUGGAGUUUCCAGGUGCUUCGAGCAUUGGACUACAUGCACCAACAUGGGAUAUUUCACAGAGAUCUCAAACCAGAAAACCUUUUAGUUUCCGAUGAGGCUAUCAAAGUGGCUGAUUUUGGACUCGCUCGAGAAGUAUACUCAGUGGCUCCAUAUACUGAUUACGUUGCUACGAGAUGGUAUCGGGCGCCAGAGGUGCUUCUUCAGGCACCUUCUUACAGUUACGCAAUUGACAUAUGGGCAAUGGGAGCCAUUAUGGCCGAGCUUUUCAAUUUGCAACCUUUGUUCCCAGGAGCCAGUGAAGCAGACGAGAUUUACAAAAUAUGUUCUGUUCUUGGCUCUCCGAACUAUCACACUUGGCCGGAUGGGAUGCAACUCGCUGUUCGUAAAGGCUUUCGAUUUCCUCAGUUUGCGCCGGCGGGGCUGCAAAGUUUAAUACCUUCGGCUAGCCCAGCUGCGGUGGACAUGAUAUCUGCUAUGCUGUGCUGGGAUCCAAACAGGAGACCGACGGCGUAUCAACUGCGACAGCAUCCUUUCUUUUACCAGUUUGGCUUAUGCAUUCCUCCUCCGAUUGAAAGGCCAUACGUCAUCACCAUCGACCCAGACGAGCAAGCUGAUUAUAACUACUACCGCCGAGGGCAGAUUCACAAUACAGGCUACAGCCAACCACUGCAAGAGCUAAGCUUAUUCCCUUCUGGCAAGCUGAGAAACCAGCAGCAUUCGAGUCUGGCUUCCAAAGCUUUCUCGUAUGGUUUUCCUGAUGUCAUACCUUGCAUCAAGCGGCCUGUGGCUGGACUUGGCAUCAGCAGCAAGCAUGUUUGCUCGGGUGAGGAUCUAAGCUUGAGCACGGCAAGUGGUGGAGGUAGGAAUCCAAUGCUGCAAUUUGGGGAGAAUGACUACUUGGCUCUUCAAGUAUACCAGGGAUACCCGUGAUGAUCUUCUCAGCUUCUAGCAAAGGUUUCAAAGAUAUUAAUGUUAUUCCUAACAGAUGACACAUAAAGAAGACUAUAAAUCUAUGGAUCAAACAGAAUGCCUUCGUCUAAUCAA